UUGUCUUGCCUCCUCUCGGCUCCCCCUCUUUCAGCCAUUUCCUGCUCUCUCCGGCGGUGUGUUCUCGUAGCAUUCCGCGGGGAAAUUUUUUUACGCUUCCCUGGUCUUUAGAUCAGCGGCAGCUUCACCGGCAUAAUGAGUUUGCCAUUAAACCCCAAACCAUUCCUUAAUGGCCUUACUGGUAAGCCAGUAAUGGUGAAACUGAAGUGGGGUAUGGAAUACAAGGGAUACCUGGUCUCUGUGGAUGGCUACAUGAACAUGCAGCUCGCCAAUACAGAAGAAUAUAUUGAUGGAGCAUUGUCUGGACAUCUUGGAGAAGUUUUAAUAAGGUGUAAUAAUGUAUUAUAUAUACGUGGAGUAGAAGAGGAGGAAGAAGAUGGCGAGAUGAGAGAAUAAAGCAAUUUCCAAAUUUAUUUUUGUAAAUUAAUUUUGAAGCAUCUCUUUUGAGUUUGUUGUUGGACUUUUUUUGUAUGUUUUAUUAAGAAAAAAAUAAACUGAUUUUUUUUCACUUUCA